GUCCAACCUCCCAUCUCUCCUCCCAUGUACUAUUCUUCCCCAUUCAUCUGAUUCUUCCUCCAUCCAUUCUUAGAGGGCCUCUCACAACACUAUGGCGCGUGAAGAGCCUCUCUUUACCCAGCGCCCCUCGUCCGACCAUUCCUCCAUUCGGAAUGCCGAGGAGGAGGACGCCCUGCUAACCGGGAUCCGCACCGACCGUGACCGACGCCGCAGAUGGAGCUUCUGGAAAGAGCUCGGCCUCUUCACCUGGGCCCUCAUUGCUACAGUAGCUGUCAUCGUACUUUCCGUCGUUUACCAACAUGAAUCCAGUCGAGGUCCAGAUCGCACCAAAGAUCCCUGGACGAAGCCCUCUGGCAAACGGAACCUUAUCUUCAUGGUGUCCGACGGCAUGGGCCCCGCUAGUCUGUCCAUGACCAGGAGCUACAAACAACUCACACAAGGACUCCCCGCUGACGACGUCCUUGUCCUGGACAAGCACUUUGUCGGUACCUCUCGUACUCGAUCUAGCUCCAGCCUUGUGACGGAUUCCGCGGCCGGUGCGACGGCAUUCUCGUGUGGUCAUAAGAGCUACAACGGCGCCAUCUCCGUGCUUCCUGACCAUUCGCCGUGUGGCACCGUCCUCGAGGCUGCCUCCUUGGCUGGUUACAAGACGGGGCUGGUAGUGACGACUCGUAUCACCGAUGCGACACCAGCUUGCUUUGCUUCACAUGUGAAUCUCCGACAGUACGAAGACCGGAUUGCGGAACAGGAAAUUGGGGAGCACCCGCUGGGCCGGGUGGUGGAUCUUAUCAUGGGUGGAGGUCGGUGUCACUUCCUGCCCAACUCGACCGAUGGAAGCUGUCGGGGCGAUGACCGUGACCUUGUCGAGCUGGCGAAGGAGGGUGGAUACCAUUACAUGGAUGAUCGAGCCGGGUUCGACUCUCUAAAUGGCGGCACUGAAGGCAAACUGCCACUACUGGGGCUCUUUGCGGAGAAAGACAUCCCCUUUGAGAUCGACCGCCGCAGCCAGAAUGACGUGUACCCCUCUCUUGAGGAGAUGGCUCGCACCGCCUUGACGAUUCUCAGUCAGGCUACCGCCGACAGUGAGCAGGGAUUCUUCCUCAUGAUUGAGGGCUCGCGCAUCGACCAUGCUGGCCAUGGAAACGACCCAGCUGCACAAGUCAAUGAAGUCUUGGCAUACGACAAGGCCUUUGCUGCCGUGCUGGAGUUCCUAGAGCAGGACUCGACUCCGGGAGUGGUCGUGAGCACCUCCGACCACGAGACUGGAGGCUUGUCAGUCGCACGUCAGCUACAGCCCGAAUACCCCGACUACAAAUGGCUUCCUGGUGUCCUCGCCAAUGCCAGUCACUCUUCGGAGUACGUCAACAAGAAGCUAGUGAACUAUCUCGCCACCGAAACAGACGAAGAUAAACAGCACAAGUUCGUCCGCAGCCUCAUUGAGAACGACCUUGGCAUCACAGAUGUCACGGACGAGGAGAUCAACGCCGUUCUCGAUCCCAAUUACCCAUAUGACCCCCAGUACGUCUUUGCGGAUAUUGUCAGCCGCAGGGCUCAAAUCGGGUGGUCAACCCACGGACAUUCCGGUGUUGAUGUCAACAUCUACGCCUCUGGAAAACUCGCGUUUCCCCUGGCGGGCAACCACGAGAACACCGAAGUCGGCGACUUCCUGGCCGACUUCCUAGACCUGGACCUCAAGAGCACGACCAAGAAGCUCCUUUCCUCCGACUACUGGACCAUGUCUUCCGAAGAUAGCCCCUUUGGCUGGCUCGGCGACCCUCUAGGCGAGGAUGUCCGAACCGAAGGCUUAGACACGUACCACGGCGAGUUUCGCAAGCGCGGACUCUCCGAGCGAGGCUGCAGCUGUGGCGAGAGCCACUGAAGCUUAGACACUUGUCACGAUUAUUUCUAUCACGUCUAAAUCGUUAAUCAUGAAUUAUCCAUCUUGCCAUUUAUACAGCAACUUUUGACAAACGAUGGUUUUUAAAUUAACCAAUGUUUGCAUGAUACUUGGGUGAGGGUGUUUGGCGUUAACCACAACCACAAUCAGUUUUAUAUGAAUGAUCAGAAUGCUUUCCCUUAGCCUUUAAUACAUCACUUUCAUCACUUCCGAUAGCAAACCUCCGUAUAAUGCACAUUACACGCAUAACCAC